GAAUCACUCUCACUUACUCAAUUCGUACUAUACCAAUAAAUAAUUUGCACGCAAGUUUAAGUCGUUAUACUUACUUAUGCAGAAGAGGUAUGUUGGUUAACAUGUCAUGGAAGUCAUUGCUUAGUGUAUGAAUGGUUUGGUUAGUAAGCAGCACAUGAAGAAAAUUUUGUUCAGUCAAAUUUGUCUAUCAAAUCGGAAAACAAGUGAAAUAAAAUGUGCGAAACCGUUGCCAUAAUUCGUUUUACACUCUGGUUACUAGUGAACCGUUUAGUCGAUUCGAGUGUAGGAAAUUUACAAAUUCCAUCAGAUUAUCCAAAAAUAAAAAAGUUUCGUUUGGAAUAUGACUUUAUUGUGAUCGGUGCCGGUUCUGGGGGCUCCGUUAUGGCCAAUCGGUUGAGUGAACGAAAAGACUGGAAUGUAUUACUUCUAGAGGCAGGUAGUCCGGAAAGUUUUCUCACUGAUGUACCUUUAACGUCUGCGUUGACUCAUAUAACUGCCUACAAUUGGGGCUACAAAACGGAUCCAGUUCGUGGUGCAUGCUUGCAUCUGCAAGAUGGUGUCUGCAAUUGGCCGAAAGGUCGUGCUCUUGGUGGUACUAGCGUAAUUAAUUAUUUGCUAUAUCAGCGAGGACAUAAACGUGACUACGAUGAGUGGGCGCAGCUCGGUAAUGAGGGAUGGGACUAUAGAUCAGUAUUGCCGUACUUCAUCAAGUCUGAACGUAUUGGCAUCGACGAUUUAAAAGAGUCUAAAUUUCGUGGAACUGGCGGAUAUGUAGACGUACAACAUUCACCGUUCAAAACCGAUCUGUUUACGGCAUUUAUCGAGACCGGAAUAGAUAUGGGAUAUAAAGAAAAUGACCCGAAUGGUGACGAACUGUUAGGGUUUUCUCAGGUUCAAGCGACAAUGAGAAGAGGUAAACGAUGCAGUGCAGCUAAAGCGUAUCUAACGCCAGUUAAGAACCGACCGAAUCUAUUUAUUUCGACAAAAUCGAGGGUAACGAAGAUACUUAUCGAUCAGACCAGAAACCAAGCCUACGGAGUGGAAUUUACGUACAACAAAAUAAAGUAUCAAAUCAACGCAACGAAAGAAAUAGUUCUAUCGGCUGGGACCAUUGCCUCUCCUCAGCUCCUGAUGUUGUCUGGCAUUGGUCCUAAAGAACAUUUAGAAGAGUUCAACAUUCCGGUUAUUCAAGAUUUAAAAGUAGGAUAUAACCUUCAGGACCAUGUCGGUUUGUCAGGAUUGGUAUUUACGAUCAACAGACCGAUCUCAAUUGUUGAGACAAACGUACAAAAUCCGAUCGAUCUGUUCAAUUAUUUGAUAAACGGAUUGGGUCCCUUUACUAGCCCUGGCGGGGCGGAAGGCCUUGCAUUCCUAAAAUUUGAAAAUUCUACUUCCGAUAAGGAUUAUCCUGAUGUCGAAAUAGUCAUGGGAGCAGGCGCAUUAUCUGGAGACAUAUCUGGGACGAUGAGGAGUAUGCUUGGAAUUACAAAUGAAUUUUUCGAAACGGUUUACAAAGGCAUAAUUGGCAAGCAUGCAUUCGGCCUGGUUCCUGUUUUGAUGCAACCGAAAAGUAGAGGUCGAAUUAAGCUAAAAAGCACGAAUCCUUUUCGAUGGCCGAGUAUGCAACCAAAUUACUUGGACGAUAUUACUGAUGUUGAGAGAUUGAUCAAGGGAGUUCGCAUAGCCUUAAAAAUAGCCCAGUCGCAGCGAUUCAAGAGAUUCGGAACGAAAUUCCACGAUAGACCUUUUCCACAUUGUAAACACUUACCAAUGCACAGUGAUGCAUAUUGGGAAUGCUGCAUACGAGGAUAUACGUCGAGUUUGCAACAUCAAGUCGGUACAUGUAAAAUGGGCCCGGAACGAGACCGCACUGCAGUCGUCAAUGCCGAACUUCAAGUUCACGGUGUUAAAAAUUUACGUGUAGUCGAUGCGUCGAUAAUGCCCGUUCUUCCGGCGGCUCAUACGAAUUCUGUAGUAUUUAUGAUUGGAGAGAAAGGUGCCGACAUUGUUAAACGGUACUGGAACCGUGAAGUUUAAAAUAGUUGUAGAUUUAGUGGAGUGUUCGAAAUUUAUGUGCCAUUCGAAAGCUAAAGCCUACAGUACAGAACUUUAGCUUCAAUCAUAAACACUCAAAUGUUAUAUGUCAAAUUUAGGGUCUAUUUGAAGAAGUUCGCGAAUUUUCAGGCAAAAAAACUUGCCUCCUGUCUAAAACGAAAGACGCGCAGGACAAUGCUUGUAGACUCCAAUUUUUUUUUCUACGUUAGUUCUUGGAAGCUAUGCUACUUUUGAUCAAAGGAUAUAAGCCCUCAGCGGAUCAGAGAAAUUACGGAUCCCGACUUUACAAUGAAUUCAUUUUUGUAAUGUUCUCUUUAAAUUAUUUUCUUGUGACUACUGUUGUUGCACGGAAAACUCAUAUAUGCACCCCAGACGAAGAAAUCGGGAACAGCUUCACGAUUAUAGAACAUUAGUUGUGUGCUGCAUAUUGAUCUGAGGAUCAUACAAUGCCCGCCUAAUGAAUAUUGUUGUUGUGUGCUGGAUAU